AUGUUUCAUCUUCCAGCAGAACUCAUUGACUCUAUCGUCGACAACAUCGCCAAAGAAGAUACCGCGGCACUGAAAGCCCUCUGCCUCGUUGCAUCCGUCUUCCUCAUAGCCUGUCAACGACGGCUGCUCACAAACCUCUCCAUCACUUCUUCGAAACGGCCAAACACUUGGGAGGCUGGACCAAGAUGGCACAGCUCUUCCGAUGCUCUCGCGCACCUCACCCGCUCUCCCCAUCUCGCUGCAUAUAUCACGCAUCUCACCGUUUUAAUCGACCAUGUGGACAACGAAGAGAUAGCGCUGGCAAUGAGAGAUACGACUGUGGCAUCCGUCUUCCGGUGUCUGUCAGCGCUACAGACGGCGCGCAUACGGGGCUCCACCGCAAUUGGGGCUAAAUUUCAAGUUGAUAGUAAGCCGAGGAUUCACUCGGGCAUCAUCCAGACUUUCCUCGACAUAUACCGUGACUUUAGUCGUCAACAACUAACGCGCAGAUUGAAAGCCCUCUCCUUAUUCGAUGUCUAUGGCUUAUCUGUCGAGCUGGUGCGCAAAACACUGAUUUCUGCCGACUCUCUCAACUAUGUUCGCGCUGGGCCCGUGCUCGAUUCCGAUUCUAAAUCAGAGCACGAGGAUGAUAACAACGACAACAAUGAUAGUUCCCACUCAGCUCCACCUACAUCCCUCACAAUAUCGUCUAGUUUGAUCCUUCUUGACCGUUUGUGUCAUUCGGAAUUUGCACACCAUUUCAGCUUCCUCCGUCAUCUGACACUAGAGAACAUGGCAACUGAAGAUCACCUCAAGUUGUGUUUCUUCGCCGCGCACACGUUGGAGACGCUCCGUCUGUCCUUCAACCGCCCGUUUCGAUGGGAUACUCUUGCCUUUCCUGUGGACUUCCCACGUCUGCACCAGGUCAACCUAUAUCUUGGAAUGCCCUUCGUAGCGGGAGAGGAGCACGUCCUGUCCUCCUCCAUCGCCUUCCUCUCCCAUGCGACUGCGCUCGCGGAGCUCACUUUGCAGUUCAGCGCUUACCCGGGCCUUCGGAUGAUCAGCCAGCCACUCUUCAAUUCAGUCUCCUUCGCCGCCCUCGACAGCGUGCUUGUUGCGCAUCCCACUUUGACUGUGUUCCGCUAUGCUGUUGAGCUAGACCAUCGUUACCUGACCCCUCACUGGCAGGAUGAAGCUGCAUACAUCGGCACCCUUAGCGUGAAUAUGCGGCAGACGAUGCCCCGGGCAGCGGAGAAGGGCAUCUUGCAAGUAGAGCAGGUAACAUCAGGAAUAUCAGCACCGUACAUGUUGUCCAUGUCGAAUGCCCUUGUUAAUUAG